GUAACAGCAAAAUGUAAAAAUUUUAGUUUUCGAUACAAAAUGUUGGUAAAAACAAAAUGAACUUUAAACGAAGAUCGCGGACGCGCUCUCGGCGAAAUUCCUUGAGUGUUGUAGCUGGACCAGAAAAAUGGCAAAAAUAUAACAAAAAGAUAAAGAACGAUGCUAAUCACGAUUCUUCAGACGAAGAUGGCCUAACAGCUAGCGAACUUAAAGAAUGGGUCGAUGAAUUCUUCGUCCGCAAAAGCAUGUUAGAAGACAAUAUAGACCAGGAUGUUGAAGUGAAGCUGACAAGGAAACAAACGCUCGUGCUGUCAACACUGGUGCCAGAUGAGAUACUGCUGAUGGAGAAAUUUGAUGUGUCAAGUCCACGGCGCUUCGUUGGCGUCCUACUGAUGGCCGAUGUGUCCGGCUUCACAGCUCUCUCCGAGAGAUACAAUAACGCCGGAAAGGCCGGCACUUACCAGCUGACGGCGAUCCUGAAUACUUACCUCGGCUCCUUGAUCGAAGUCGUAUACAGCUAUGGCGGGGACAUCAUAAAGUUUGCUGGCGACGCCUUCCUAGCGCUGUGGAAGUUGGACAAGCGAUCAUUUCUAUGCCAAACCAUUCACACCGCCAUAGCAUGCUCUCUAGUCAUCCAACACGCGUACGGCUCCUUCGAGACCGACGCUAAAGUAAAUCUAAAAGUAAAGCUAGCUAUAGCGGCCGGGAACCUCAUCUUCUCGCCUAUAGGCGCCGGUUCCGAAAUGAACUACGUUCUAUUUGGCCUGCCCGUCUUAGAAGCGAAGAAAGCUGAGAGCCUCUGUGCCUCCGGAGAAGUUAAACUGACACCUACAGCAUGGGGUCACUGCUAUUCGAGGAACUACGUCCAUCACGUAGAUGACCAGGGCUACAUAACAAUAAAAGCGAUACUUUACGAUCCACACGAAACUAAUGUAACCAAACCGUUCCUUGAUUUUCCAGCGAUGCUGCGACGAGUUAACAAACCCCAGACGAUGUUGAAUGACUUAUCCGAUUCCCUAUUCGAACCCUCGAAAAAGAUGAGUAACAUUGAAAUUAUUAAGCGAAAAGAAUUUCUGAGUCUGCGAAAAACUAUACUUUUGGGUGAGGAAAGAAAUAUUGGGUCUCAGAUAAGAAAGUUUAUGAUAAGGCCCGUCCUUACGCAGAUCGAUGCACAUCAACCCUUGGAGUAUUUAACUGAGAUGAGACAAGUUUCUGUGAUGUUCGUAACCCUAAAACCUAAAGAUUGUCCUUUUUCACAAGUAAUAAAUAUAGUUCAUAAUUCUUACAAGAUAACUUGCGAACUAGUUUACAAGUCAAUGGGAUGCGUCAACAAGAUAAUAUUGUUCGACAAAGAUGUGAUGAUUCUGGUCAUAUUCGGCUUACGGGGCUUCAAACACGAGUCGGAGGCUCAAGCCACGCUGAAAUGUUCCUACAACAUUAAGAAGUUGCUCACGGCUCUUGAUGGAGUACUAGAAGUUUCCAUUGGGGUCACGACAGGCAAAGUAUACUGUGGUGUUGUCGGCCAUCCGCUUAGAAGAGAAUUCACCGUUAUCGGCGCGGCCGUCAACAGAGCUGCUAGAUUCAUGUGCACCUACAGAAAUAAAAUUACCUGCGAUGAAGCUACUUAUUUGAAUAGCAAACUGUCAGGCAACGGGUUCACCGUCCAACCGUCUAUUACAAUGAAAGGUAUAAUACACCCCGGUAAAAUAUACGAGUACAACGAGGAUAUACGACUCAAACAAAUGUUUGAUAUAGCAAUAAUCCCGCCACUCCUGAAUCGGGAAGAUGAAAUGGACUAUUUCAAAAGUUGGUUAAAUAGUAACACAAGAACUUACCGAGAUUUCGAUGCUUUGUUACUAAUCGGUGAGAGCAGAGUCGGCAAGACUAGACUCCUGGAAUGGAUGUUAAGAUAUGCUAAAAAUAAUGAAAUUAUUACUUGUUGCGUCAGCUUAACCUCCAUUCAUGCAUCUACUCCAUAUUUGGCUGUAAGUCAAAUAGUCAACCAACUACUUGGAUUGAAAGAACCAUUGAGUGAAUUUGAAAAAGAGAAAAAAAUUAUUAACAUUCUUAGUUACUACAGCGAAGAUUUAUGCUACCUUAAUGAAGUUUUGAAAGUCCGAUUUGCGUAUCACGAACGUUCUAGCGAUAUAAGUGAAGAGACAAGAUUGGAAAAAGCAAAGUAUAUAUUUAGUACAAUUUUGAAAUCUUUGCCUCACACGUACGCUAUUUUUAUCGACGACUUGCAGAACCUGGAUGAUCUCUCCUGGGAAUUCAUUUCCCUUUUACUGGAUGACAUAAAAAUAUAUUCGGUACUGACUGUGACACGUGGAAAGUUCCAAGCGAUGAAAUCGUGGUUCUACGCGGUGUACAUGAAAAACAAUAUAAGGAAAAUGGUUUUGAAACCCUUAGACAAACAGUGGAUACCCUCACUCGCUUGCCAAAUUUUAGACGUGAAUGGAGUUCCUAAUGAGCUAUGUGAUGCACUGAGGUCAAAAUGUAACGGAAUGCCAGGACAAGUGGAAACAUUUUUAAUGCAUUUAUUUUCUUGCGGGGCUCUAGAUUUAAAGAGAAUAAAUAAAGAAGAAUUGCCGUCAUAUAACGAGGAACUUCAUUUCCCGAAACCUGCUCAGAUACAAUUUGUCGCUUUGGAUAGCAAGGACCAACCAUCCCUUGAUCAAGCUCGUAGCGAAAAUCAAAGUGACCAAGUAUCAGUCUGUAUUCUUAAAAACAAAGAUGAUCUGAAUACUGAACUCAACGAAAUAAAUUUGGACGCUCUGAUAAUGAUACAACUGGAUUCCCUUGCCCCGUAUCAGCAACUUCUUUUGAAAAUAGCAUCUGUUAUUGGUAAUAUAUUUUCAAGGGAUCUCCUGGAGAGCAUUAUGUAUGAAAACGAUCCUACUGCCACAGCUAAAGCGAUCAAAAGACUUUUUUCCAUGAGAAUAAUAUCCUGCGCGAAUAUAAAGCGUAAACAACACAUAACCUUUAGAGAAUCUACACCCUUAGGCUCAUUCAAGGAGAGUCCUACCUGCGAAUGUGGAUUUGAAUACGAUCCUGACCAGAACGAGGGCCUACCGAAGUACGCCUUCUGUAAAGUUAUGAAGUUCAAGAACAAGAACUCGAGAAAAACAUUUUAUGAACUACUACCUUUGAACCAAAAAAAGGAUUUUCACACUCGUAUCGUUAAUCAUUUGGAAAAUAAGAAGCACAAAUGUCAUAGCUGUGGUGGUAGCAUUACUAUUGUACAAUCAAUUACAGGACUAGAAUGUCUAAAAAUCGACUCCUCCUCAUUAAUUAAAGAAACGAACUGCGAUAGUGCCAAAGAAAAUAAAAUCCUAAAUGCAUCUUCAAAUAAUGCAAUGGUAUUGAAAACUCCGAAUUUAACUACAAACAGAGACGACGUUACAUCAAACGAAAAGAAACAUUGUUGGGUUGAUAACAAUUUGAUGUUUGUUAAUAUCAGGCACGUUCUGGAAGCCAAAACAACAAAUGACUGGGAAUCGAUUGGUAUAAUAGAGAGUGAGGACAAUUUAAAUGAAAACAAAAAUAAUUUUAUUCCACCAGGACUAAAACUUGAACGAGGUGUUUCUCGCACUGAUUUCAAAGCAUGCAGCUGCGCAGAGCUCAAUAUCACGGUAUCUGAACAACUUAUUUUCCACUCGAGAGAAGCACAAAUUAAAAUGAAAGUUGUAGACUUUCUUAUUAAAUAUAGUUAUUUAAAUUUAUUGGCACAUAUUUCUAACAGUAAAGUAAUAGUUAAACUUAAUGAGGCAGAAAGUAUUUGCAUAGAUAAAUCAGUUAAUUAUCUCUCUAAAUGCCAACGCAAAUUAUAUUUAGGCAAGAUUUAUACCCUAAAAGCUAAUGCAAAUCUUCUAGCCGAUAAAUUGAUGGCCGCAAAGAUAGAUAUCGAUAAAGCUAUGAGAAUUUAUGGCUUCGAUGUUAACAAAGUUAGAAAAAUCCUCAAUUUUAGAAGCAUUAUCAGUCACAUCAAGUUAAGGCAUGGUAAAUAUCGCAACCAAGCAGAUGAACGAAGAUCUGAUUCGAUUAUGUGUUUCAACGUCGCAACAGCACUGUAUUCAGCGAUCAACGAUGGAACAUCAGCAAAAGCUGCAGCACAACGCGCAUUAUAUCUCAGUCAAACCGUUAAGUGCAAUGUUAUCGAUCUUUGCAAUGCUUUCUACAACUUUAUUGAACUAGAACUGCCGGGACUGGCUAACACGAAUCUCAGACUCGACAAACUAACUUACAUGACACUAUCAAUGAUUCCUAAUGCAAUACAGUCUGAAGAACUGUACGCUGUGGGGAAACUAUUCAUGGCUCUUUUUACAGCGUACACGGCAAGAGCCAAUAUACCUGUAGCCAUUCGAUACGGCUACCAAGCCCUGGCGCUUAGUCAAUUCCUAUACGUAGUCCAUAUUUCAAUAGACAUCAUCCCAAACCUUUUCUAUUUGCUGCUAUCGCGUUGUCGAAUAAAGGAGGCGGUUGAAGUGGUGGAAAUUUUAUUGCAAAUAGGUUGUCCCGAAGAAUGGUUCGAAUGCCAGAUAUGGUACCACGCUCUAUGCAUGGACUUCAUACUAGACGCGGGUCUACAAAUAGAGACCCCAGAGAUGAUAGACGAUUUCACCGAACUCAGUUUACAGAAGAGAAAGUUUUCGGGACCUUGCAGGAGACGACUGAUUCUCAACCUCUGGACCUAUUGGCUCCGAACGGAUGAGAGUAAAGCUAAACGAUUCGAAAACGAAGCGUUGACAAUAAUGUCGAGACAAACUGAAGACAGCUCGCUAAAAACGUUGAUGAGUUCUAUGAGGUUGGCUGAAGGCAUGCUGGAGAGCUUAGCGCGAAAAGUUGGAGAUUUGAGUAAAGUGGUGGACUUAAUGGAGCUACGUUCGCUGGCUGAGAAGGAGCUAAAUGAGAUGGAGGGGGACGUCCUCUGCAUGCGCACGGCACUGCCCCGCUGGAUCCUCCUCAAGGCCUACUCUCUCGUCCUCUCGGGACGACAUGCAGCCGCCAACUCACUGUUUCUACAGGCAAUAGAAGAAGCGCGUCGCAGCAAGAACCGCUUGGAAGAGGCGCUGGCUCGAGCGGCAAUGUCCAACUCACUGAUCUGGGUCCAAAAUGCCGCCCACGGCACUUUCUACAGCUGGGAAGAGGGUGUCCCACUAGCUAAAGCUUGUUGGCAUCAAUAUCUGUACAAAAUAACAUCCAAUCGAUGAAAUUUU